AUGGCUGAAAACGCCCCGCCUCCCGGCAGCGGCGGACAACGCCAUGACGCCUCUGCUGGAAUGCCCUACUACGAGAAGCUUCGCCGCGACCUCCGCGAAACGCUGCAGAAGAAGCGCCAGCUAGACAAUUCGCUGGCCACGCUCGAGGAGAGCAUCUAUAAAGCCGAGACAUCCUACUUGGAAGAGACCAGCGCGGGCAACAUCAUCAAGGGCUUUGACAACUAUAUCAAGGGGUCCACAGGUAUCACCACAGCCGGCGGCGCUGGACCGGGAACUUCAACCCGUCGAAAGGCCAUGAUCACCGAGGCAGACCGGAUAUUCAGUAGAAGCUCUGCCAGUUUUAUGCGAGAUUCCCCUACUCCGAACUCGGCACAAACGACUCCCUCACACGCCCCUACGCCGACCUCGUCAUUUCCAAGCGGCCGAGAAAGCAGUCAUCCAACGCCUAAUGGCAGUACCAGCAGCAAGGCUGUCGCCAGCAAAAAGAAAAAGGCACCAGAAAAGGAUGACGAUGAAACAGACGGAAAGCCGCCUCUUAAGCGGGGAAAGAUUACCUAUGGUCGUGACUGA